AUGGACCUGGUGGUCAUCACGCCGCCUGUCGCCCUGGCGGGAGAGGUGGAAACGGCGAACCGCCUGUUCGGGGCGGGCCUUGGCCGGUUGCACCUCAGGAGGCCCGGCUUCGAGGAGGCGGAGGUGGAGGCGUACGUGGCAGGCGUGGAUGCAGCCUUCCGGGGAAGGGUCGUGGUGCACGGCCAUCACCGAUUGGCGGGCCGGUGGCGCCUAAAGGGAAUCCACUACACUGAGAGCACAAGGCCCCCGUUUCCAAUCCCAUCCCCUGAGCCUCCCCUGACUGUGUCCACAUCCUUCCACCAGCUUGACCAACUCAAAAUAACCGACUACGGUGCAUUAAAUUAUGCGUUCCUCAGCCCUAUAUUUGACAGCAUCUCCAAGCCUGGCCUCAAGGCUUCCAUGUUCGACUGCACAUCGCUGAUGGCUGCACUUUUGUCCUGCCCCAUCCCCAUCUUUGCCUUGGGGGGCAUAGCUCCAGACAAGGUGCCAUCAGCCGCGGCGUUGGGCUUCUCAGGUGUUGCUGUUCUGGGAUCCAUCUGGCAGAGCAGCGACCCUGUGGCAGCCUUCCUGGAGCUGAAGGAGGCCUGCGAUCGGGUGGGGCCUGGGAAGAGCACAUCUGGAUGA